AUGACAGUCUCAAACGGAAAUAGCUACGCUACAACCUUCGACAACCGAGUUGGUGGUACACCUAUCACACGCGACAAUGACGGUCCUUACCAAGUAUCCGAGCAUAUCCUAUGCGCUCCCAGAAAGCUCCGAGUUGGGUGUAUAGGAGCUGGAGCCUCUGGGAUCAUGAUGUGCUACAAGAAGGAGAAAGAAUUUGGAGAUGACAUUGAUCUGGUAGUUUAUGAGACUGAGAUCCAAUCGUAUUACGAGUCAUUUGCCAGAGAGAAGGGCUAUGUGGAUAACUACAUCAAGCUAUGUCAUCGCGUCGACAAAGCGAGUUGGGAUGAGCCCAACGGACAGUGGAUUUUGACUGUCACUGAGACUACUAAUGGUCAAGAGAAAACCUUCGAGGACAGAGUCGACUUCUUGAUCGCCAACAUUGGCAUCUUGAACACCUGGAAGUGGCCCGACAUUCCCAACCGCGAAGCCUUCCGUGGACACAUCACCCAUUCAGCGGACUAUGAUACCGAUCUUGACCUGGAGGGCAAGACUGUGAUCGACAUUGGAUCUGACGCUUCUGCCAUCCAAAUCGUGCCAGCCAUCAAGUCGACAGCAAAGAAAGUCAUAUCAUUCUAUCGCACACCGCAGUGGAUUGGACCUGGGUUACCAAUGGAAGGCUACACGGACUCUGAGGGACGAAACUUUGUCUAUACCGAUGAGCAAAAGAAGCGAUUCGCAGAGGACCCAAAGGCGUACUUGGAGCAUCGGAAAGAAAUGGAGACAAAGAUCAACACGAGUUUCCGAAAUAACAUUGCCGAGCACCCGAACCAGAAGAUGGCUCGCGAGUUUGUGGCUAAAAGAAUGGCCAAGAUUCUUAAGAACGACGAGAAGUUGACCCAGCGCCUGAUCCCAACCUUUCCCAUGGGAUGUCGUCGCCUUGGUCCAGCUGAAGAAUUCCUUGAAUCUUUCCACGAAGAUAAUGUUGAACUAGCCGAAGGCGAAAUCGAGUCUUUCACCGAAAAUGGUCUACGUGUUGCCGAUGGAACAGAGUAUAAAGCAGACGUCAUUAUUUGUGCGACUGGCUUCAACGUCAGCUUCAAGCCGCACUUCCCUGUCAUCGACCGCGAUGAUGUGUCGCUGGCUGAUGCCUGGAAAGAUGAUCCAGCCGCGUACCUUGCACUUGCUGCCAGUGGCUUCCCCAACUUUAUGUUGGGCUCGUUAGUACCAAACUGUCCUGCGGGUCAUGGAUCGUUCAUCACGGUCCUUGAAGCAGCGCAGAACUACAUUUGUAAGGUCAUCAGGAAGAUCCAAACGGAGAACAUCCUCACCUUAGAUGUCAAGCCUGAGGUUGUAGAUGAGUACAACGAACAUGUGCACGAGUGGCUGAAACGAACUGUCUGGACGGCUGGUUGUCGUUCAUGGUACAACCAAGGGCGACCGAAUGGCAAGAUCACGGCACAAUAUCCAGGAUCACUUGUUCACUGGCGGCUGAUGCUUGAGAAUCCUCGCUAUGAGCACUACAACAUUCAGUACAGAAGCCGUAAUAGGUUCGAGUUUAUGGGUAAUGGUUUCACGCUGCCAGAGGUAAGUGGUGAAGAUCUGGCAUGGUAUCUGGAUCCAGGGCAUAUAGCAAAGCCUCUCUUCUCGGAAUAG